AUGGGAAAACAAAUUGCUGAUAGGAUUUCGGAGGUUGUCGAAGAUGAAUCGAGGAAGGGAGAUUUGCUGAUGUUGGCGCUAUCCAAACUGAGCUUUACUAGGGUUAGCUUAUACGAGGAGGUUGAUCAUCAGCCGAAAAGACUCUGGAAAGAAGCUGCCAUGGGGAGAAGACCUGCUAGGUGCUACCGUCAAAUCAAGAACAAACCUUACCCGAAAUCACGGUAUUGCCGUGGUGUGCCUGAUCCAAAGAUCCGGAUUUAUGAUGUGGGCAUGAAGAAGAAGGGGGUCGAUGAGUUCCCCUUCUGUGUUCACUUAGUCAGUUGGGAGAAGGAAAAUGUCUCGAGCGAGGCUUUGGAAGCUUCCCGUAUAGCUUGCAACAAGUACAUGACCAAGUUUUCCGGAAAGGACACGUUCCACCUGAGGGUACGCGUUCACCCUUUUCAUGUUUUGCGCAUCAACAAGAUGCUCUCGUGUGCUGGAGCUGAUAGGCUCCAGACUGGCAUGAGGGGCGCUUUUGGAAAGCCACAGGGGACUUGUGCUCGUGUGGCCAUUGGUCAGGUCCUCUUGUCUGUUCGCUGCAAGGAUGGGAAUAGCCACCAUGCUCAGGAGGCCUUGCGCCGUGCAAAAUUCAAGUUUCCUGGUCGCCAGAAGAUCAUCGUUAGCAGGAAAUGGGGUUUCACCAAAUACAACCGCACUGAUUAUCUGAAAUGGAAAUCUGAAAAUAGGAUUGUUUCUGAUGGUGUGAAUGCUAAGCUUCUUGGAUGUCAUGGGCCUUUGGCCGAUAGGAAACCCGGAAGAGCGUUCAUUUCAGGGCCUGUGCAAGGAUGAACUUAAUGUUGUCUCCAGGAGUUCAAAUGUUACUCUGUUUUGGAUUUAUCAGGAUCUUGUUUGUUUUAUUUGAACUAGUACUUACAUUUCAUGGAGAAUAUGGCACUUUGAAGUGUAGUGGUUUUAAUUUGUUUCUACUCGUUCAGACUUUGUUUGAGAAUAUUUCAUUUUGAUAUGCACUGGUUUUUAUUUGUUCGACUUAAAUUUAUGGCCAUAAUCAGUUCAUUUGCCGACAUUACUUUAUAGCUGUAGAGGAUUGACUUCUCCCAAGUUUUGGUUGCUUAUGCCGUUUAGGUUAACCAAGUACUCUGGGCUGUGGCUGUGUGUAGGCAAGAUAAAUUGCGUGUUGUGCCUUUUGGUUUAAAUAGGUUUUUGGCAAUUUGAAAUGUGAAUCUUUGCACUGAUCUCUUAACUCAUUGUGUAUUGUAUGAAAAUAAAAAGAAAAAGCUGA